GCAGAGGCAGAAUGCAUGCGCAGCAGCACCUCCCCAGGCCUGGUGGACCCGGACCCAACAGAGGACGGCACUGAGGUUCCAGCCUGGAUGGCUCUCGGAAUUAAGUACAGACCUUACAUGGCUCCAUGGCCCGAGUUGGACAACGCUCAGCCCAAUCCCAUGGCAGAGGCCGUGGGUCAGCAGCCCCCCACUGGUGACAAAGGCACCGACAAAAAUGACACCAGGACCCCUGUCACCAAGAUCGAACUCCUGCCGUCCUACUCCAUGGCCACGCUGAUAGAGGAGCCCACGGAGGUGGAUGACCCCUGGGACCUGCCUGAGCUCCGGGACACUGGGGUCAAGUGGUCAGAGAGAGACACCAAAGGGAAGAUCAUCUGCGUCUUCCAAGGGAUCGGGAAAUUCCUGUUGCUCCUGGGGUUUCUCUACUUCUUCGUGUGCUCCUUGGACGUCCUCAGCAGCGCGUUCCAGCUGCUUGGAGGAAAGGUGGCCGGACAGUUCUUUAGCAACAACUCUGUCAUGUCCAACCCUGUGGCGGGGAUGGUGAUCGGAUUGCUGGUGACUGUCCUCGUACAGAGCUCCAGCACCUCCACGUCCAUCGUCGUCAGCAUGGUGGCCUCCUCGAUGCUCACCGUGCGGGCUGCCGUCCCCAUCAUCAUGGGCGCCAACAUUGGGACCUCGAUCACCAACACCAUCGUGGCAUUCAUGCAGGUGGGAGACCGGAGCGAGUUCAGAAGGUUUCCUCAGCUGGAUAAAAAAGUUAUCAACCAAAUUGCAAUGAAUGAUGAAGCAGCCAAAAACAAGAGUCUGAUCAAGAUAUGGUGCAAAACUGUUACCACCGUGACGCAGAUGAACGUCACUGUCCCUUCACCUGAGAACUGCACCUCCCCUUUGCUCUGUUGGACGGAUGGCGACCACACGUGGACCACGAAGAACAUGACCUACACGGAGAACCUUGCCAAGUGCCAGCAUAUCUUUGUGAAUUUCAACCUCCCGGACUUCGCUCUGGGCAUCAUUCUGCUCAUAAUCUCCCUGCUGAUCCUCUGCAGCUGCCUGAUUGUGAUUGUCAAGCUUCUGGUCUCAGUGCUCAAAGGGCAGGUCGCCUCUGCCAUCAAGAAGACUCUCAACACUGAUUUCCCCUUUCCCUUCGCCUGGGUGACUGGCUACCUGGCCAUCAUCGUGGGGGCAGGCAUGACCUUCAUCGUGCAGAGCAGCUCUGUGUUCACGUCCGCCAUGACCCCGCUCAUUGGUAUCGGUGUGAUCAGCGUUGAGAGGGCGUAUCCGCUCACGCUGGGCUCCAACUUGGCCACCACCACCGCCAUCCUGGCCGCUAGCCAGCCCGGCAACACGCUGAGGAGCGCGCUCCAGAUUGCGCUGUGCCACUUUUUCUUCAAUGUCUCGGGCGUCUUGCUGUGGUACCCCAUCCCGUUCACUCGCCUGCCCAUCCGCCUGGCCAAAGGCCUGGGCAACAUCUCUGCCAAGUACCGCUGGUUCGCCGUCCUCUAUCUGAUCUUCUUCUUCUUCUUAAUACCGCUGGCAGUGUUCGGCCUCUCACUGGCCGGCUGGCCGGUGCUGGUGGGCGUGGGGGUCCCCAUCAUCCUCGUCCUCCUCCUGGUGCUGGGCCUCGGGCUCCUGCAGUCCCGCUGCCCCCGAGUCCUGCCCAAAUCGCUCCAGAACUGGAACUUCCUGCCCCUGUGGAUGCACUCGCUGAAGCCCUGGGACAACCUCAUCUCCUCGGCCACCAGCCUCUGCCAGAGGCGCUGCUGCUGCUGCCUCCUGUGUGGCUGCCCCAGGGUCUGCGAGGCCCUGGAGGAGGGGCAGGAUGGGCAGGGCUUCCCCAUAAAGGCCCCCAAGGCCUUUGAUAACGAAGCCAUGAGCAGAGAGGCCCAGGAAGAGGUCAAGGCCCAAGGCAAUGCCCCAGGCCCAGAGGUCGUGUCCAGCAGCACUGCCUUGUAGGGGGAGCCCGGGGGUCGGGGAAGGACCUCGGGUCCCGCAGCUCUGCUCCCUCCCUGUUCUGCCCACCUUCCACCACCUCCAGGAGAUCCCGUCCCCAUUAAGUGGAGUUGGCACCAGACCUAGCUCCUUCCUGCUGGCCCAGCAUGUCAGCCCCGAUGUGGUUUUAUCUCAGCCUCUAGUCCCUCGGGUUUCCACUCCCAGGAGGGCAGACAAGCCUGAAGGAGAAUUAGACAGUGAACGGCUGGACGGAUGAUCACGUCUGCUCCUGCACAUAACUGGGUUGGUCCAUAGGACCUAUUUUUCAAACCUAAACUGUCCUUUCGGAAGGAAAAGGCCCAAGGGAGGAUGUAUGGAAGGUUCUCAGAGGUGGAUGUGAGUGUGUAGGUGGGUAUGUGCACACAGCUCAGGCGUCUCUCUCUCUAUCAAAGUCUGGCUGCCCCCAACAUCCUUGCCCCAGACCAGCCUGGGUUAGGGGACAUCGUGUAAUGGUUU